AUGCCGCAGCAAGAAAGCAAUCUCAACGCCAAGUUCAACAGUCCUUGCAAGAAUCUGAGAGGUCUGAAGGCCUUGAUUGCAAACAAUAAUCCAGACACUUCAAGCACCGAAGAGAUCAUCAAUGACCAUGAACUGGCUCAGAGAAAAGCCGAAGAAGCAGCUUCACGGAGGUAUCAGGCAGUGGAAUGGCUCCGGCAGAUGGACCAAGGUGCGGCGGAGGUACUCCCAAAAGAACCUUCCGAGGAGAAUUUCUGUCUUGCACUCCGCAAUGGUCUCAUUCUCUGCAACGUCCUCAACAAAGUCAGUCCAGGCGCGGUUCACAAGGUAGUGGAAAAUCCAGUCAUCGAUGUUCAGUUGACGGAGGGUGCAGCCCAGUCUGCUAUUCAGUAUUUCGAGAACAUGAGGAAUUUUCUUGUGGCUGUUGGUGAGAUGAAGCUCUUAACAUUUGAAGCAUCUGAUCUUGAAAAGGGAGGUUCAUCAAGCAAAGUUGUAGAGUGUAUUCUUUGUUUGAAAGGAUAUUACAAGUGGAAACAAGCUGGUGGAAUUGGAGUUUGGAGGUACGGCGGAACUGUGAGGAUCACAUCUCUCCCAAAGGGAUCACCGUCCUCUUUGGUUGGCAGUGAAAGCACUGACGAGUCACUAGAUGAUUCUGAAUCAUCACAAUAUGAAGAGCUAUUAGAAUUUCUCCAUCUAUCCACCGAAAACUCACUUGAAGAAUCCAAAAUAGCCAAUGUGUUGACUUUCCUCUUUGAUCGUUUUGGACUUGGAAUUCUACAAGCUUAUCUGACAGAAAGGAAUGGAGUUGAAGACUUGCCUUUGAAUUCUAUGGUGAUUGAUACCGUACUAAGGAAAGUGGUUAAGGAUUUUGCUGCAUUGUUGGUCUCUCAAGGCAAUCAGCUUGGAUUGUUUUUGAAGAACUUAUUGAAGAGUGAUUACAUUCCUUUAUCAAAACCUGAAUUUCUAGAAGUCAUUUCGAAAUAUCUUGGUCAAAGAACUAGUUUGGUAUCAAACGAUUUCUCCAAGUUCUGCAUUUGCGGUGGAAAACGUGAAAGCAGCUGGCGUGACAUUGAUUACUCUACUGAUAGUGUAGAUGUACUUGGCCUUCAACAGAAACAGCUUGAGGAGCUAAAAUUUUUUUACCAAGAGACAAAAGGUGAAGUACAGCAAGUACAAUUAUGCUGGGAGGAAGAACUUAGAAGGCUCGAGCAUCAUAUCAAGGGUCUUGAAGUGGCUUCUUCUUCCUACCACAAAGUUUUGGAAGAGAACCGCUUACUUUACAAUCAAGUCCAAGACCUAAAAGGAACCAUUAGAGUUUACUGUAGAGUGAGGCCUUUCCUACCAGGGGGACUUGAUGGGCAGUCCACCGUAGACUAUAUUGGAGAAAAUGGCAAUAUCAUGAUUGUCAAUCCUCAUAAGCAGGGUAAAGAUGCUAGGAGGGUGUUCACUUUCAACAAGGUGUUUGGAACAAAUGUGACACAACAGCAAAUAUACAUAGACACUCAACCAUUGAUCAGAUCAGUACUGGAUGGUUAUAACGUCUGUAUUUUUGCGUAUGGACAGACUGGAUCAGGGAAGACAUACACGAUGAGUGGCCCUGACUUGACAAGAGAGGAGACAUGGGGUGUAAAUUAUAGAGCUCUCCAAGACUUGUUUCAAAUUUCAAAGGCCAGGCUUGACUUUAUAGAAUAUGAAGUUGGAGUACAAAUGAUUGAGAUAUACAAUGAACAAGUGAGAGAUCUGUUGGUCAUUGAUGGCUCUAAUAGGCGGCUGGAUAUACGAAACAAUUCUCAACUGAAUGGUCUCAAUGUCCCCGAUGCAAGUUUGGUUCCAGUUAAAUGUACUCAAGAUGUUCUUGAUUUGAUGAGAAUUGGCCAAAGAAACCGCGCUGUGGGUGCUACUGCUUUAAAUGAGCGGAGUAGUCGUUCUCAUAGCGUUUUAACAGUUCAUAUCCGAGGAAAAGAGUUACAUACGGGCUCCAUUUUAAAGGGCUGCCUUCAUCUGGUGGAUCUGGCUGGAAGUGAGAGAGUGGAUAAAUCUGAGGCUGUCGGUGAGAGAUUGAAGGAAGCACAACAUAUAAACAGAUCUCUCUCUGCACUUGGAGAUGUCAUUUCUGCUCUUGCGCAAAAGAGUACACAUAUUCCUUACAGAAAUAGCAAGCUUACCCAAGUACUGCAAGAUUCCUUAGGUGGGCAAGCAAAGACCUUGAUGUUUGUACAUAUAAAUCCCGAGGCUAAUGCUGUAGGAGAGACAAUCAGCACCCUCAAGUUUGCCGAGAGGGUUGCCUCUAUAGAUCUUGGGGCAGCUCGAUCUAAUAGAGAAACUGGUGAAAUCCGGGAACUUAAAGAAGAGAUCUCAAACAUCAAGCUGGCCCUUGAGAAAAAGGAGGCUGAACUGGAACAACUGAGGGCUGGGGGUAGUAUUCGAACCCCAGUCUCACCUCUUCGUAUGCCAAGAAAUAACACUACUGCCACCAUGAAGCUUGACAUCACUAAGCAACCCGUCGAUGACACUAGAAGCUCUGAGGUUAGAAGUUGUUCUUCGGGAAAGCAGAGGAGGCCCCGAGUUCCUUCUAAGUUCACAGACAAGGAUAUUAUGCCAAAAGUGCCAUUCCAAGCUGAAGAGAGAUCUAUGGGCUCCAUCAAACCAAGAUCACCAUCCCCUCCCAUCAGAAGAUCAUUAUCAACUGAUAGAGGGGCCCUCAUAAGAAGUAGGAUCAAGCCUGAUACAACUGACAACCCGCCAAUCAUCAAACUACAGUUCCCACCUAGAGUUGCUGUCAAUAAAUCCGUUCCUACCAUACCUAUAAUUCCUUCAACAGAAAGCAUGAGAGGGCAUUUGGGUUCACAAGAGCCACGCAAUCAGGAAAACAUUUCUGAUGCAUUGUACAGCCUCCAAAGGGCCACAUUCAGGAAAGUUCACCCAGAAAAUGAGGAGGAGCUGUUUAAGCAAGCGCUUAAUGUAAGGCAAGGUGGCAUUAGGAAAAGCAAACCUGAGUGUAAGGUCAAGCCCAAGCAUCAGCUGCCCGCUAAAAGUCAGAAGUCUGAUAUCACAGUUCAAUUGCUUUCUGAGGUGGACUCUGGUGGAAUAAUGGAGGAGGCUCGAAAGAGUGAUUUCUCAGAGCCAGAAAAUGAGCCUGGUCUUGUUGUGUCACCAGUACAUGAUCAUGGCACCUUGAGGGUAAAAAGAGAUCACCGGAACUUUUCAAGGAGUUCACAAAAUGCGGAACCAAGAGAACCAGUGCACACAUUGGGUUCCUUACUGGCUGGGAAACAUGAAAGUAAGCCUUUGAAUGGUGUGCUUCGGUAUCCAAAGGAUGGCAGCAACUCAUCCAUUCCAGAAUUCAGAAGGAGCCGAUCUUCUCCUCGUGGAAAAUAUAUGAUUUUACCUUGAGGAAUAAUUAGUACAUGGCCUGGAUUUCAGUUGACAACCACUAAAUAUUUUGGAGUUCUGAGUUGCAUAAUUUUCGCACAAGAUUUAGCGGAUGGUGAAAUCCUUGGAGGUGAAUGGAACUUUCUCUUACAUUUUUGUAUGAGUUCUCUUUUACAAAUUUAAUGUACAUAUUGUCACCCUUAUAUUCUUCACAGUAUAUUUGGUAAUUUAAAGUUUGUGUACCUAUGGCAUUACUCUACUUGCUGAUAGAAGUCGAAUGUAUGAUAUUUUAUGUAUGAAG